AUGAUGAUUAUGAAGAUGGGAGAGACGGCGGUUGUUUUGUCGCUGCUCCAGUCGGAUCUCCGGCCGAUCGAAGAAGUUCUCGCGGAAUUCAAUUCCAAAUUCCCUCGCUCCCGUUACCUCACUGUCUGCUCCUCGCUUUCACUGCUCUUACAGGAUCCGAUGAUACUCCCGGGUACUGAUCGUCUGAUUGGAUUUGCUAUCAUUUACCAUUGUUAUUCUUCCAACAAACCAUCUGCCAACCCAUUUGUAUCGGAUAUGAUAAAUGCUGCUUGUAACGAGCAAGUAGAGAAGUAUGAGAGAGCAUUUCUUCUCCACCUGUUGCAAUGGAAUAAUUACCUCAAUGCUAAAGAGAUUCUCAAACAGUCAGCUGUUGAUUAUAUCAAAUCGUUUGAUCCUUCAACUCAUGAUUUUCCGGAGCUAGGAGAGCUGCAGCGAGAGUAUGGCAAAGCCAAUCCUGGACCAUCUAGUCACAUUUUUGCAGACAAUGCCCUCAAAAAGCUAUUGCAUGAUCCUGAUGUUCCUCGUGGGUGUGAUCCUAACUCUCCAGAGUUUGAUGUGCAACCUGGAGGGAAUUCCAAAAUUGGAUCUGGUGAUAGAAAUGAGGCCCUACCUGGAAUAUUGGGAAAAUUGACAACUGGGGGAUUAACUCCUAGGUGGAUCCGCCCAUGUCCUCCGAGGUACCCAGUUCAUCAGAGCGAGUUUAUUUGGAUUGAUCCUGAUAACAAGCAUGAGCUUAUUUGGGACGAUAAAAUGUGUGCUGAUACUAGCAGAGGCGCAACAGUCAGAGACUUGCUUGUUAAGGCUUUGAAGGUGACAGUUCCACCAGCGGAGCAAGAGGACAUCAUUACAGAAUUGACAAAUGACACAAAGUUUGUCUAUCACUGUGGAAUAACUCCAGGGAAGCUGCCGCAAUUAGUAGAGCACAAUCCUCAAAUAGCAGUUGAGAUUCUCAUCAAGCUGAAUAACACCAAAGAGGUUAAUGCCUAUUAUGAUGCUCUUGUAGAUAUGGACAUGAGCCUGCACUCAAUGGAAGUUGUGAAUAGGCUCACAACUGCAGUUCCGCUUCCGAAGGAGUUCUUACGUUCGUACAUCACUAGUUGCAUAUCGUCUUGUGAAAACGCCAAGCAGCAAGACAAAUACAUGCAGAAUAGGCUUGUACGACUUGUUUGCGUCUUCUUGCAAAGUUUGAUUCGCAACAACAUCAUCGACGUGAAGGAUCUAUUCAUUGAAGUGCAAGCUUUCUGCAUCGACUUCUCGCGGAUUAGAGAAGCAGCUGGUCUCUUCAGGCUCUUGAAAACAUUGGAUUGA